AUACACCAUAGAAAACUUUCGUAUGAUCAUCUGUCAAAGGAGAAGAUCACAAAAACGAAGGAAUACAUUGUUAUAUUGUUUAACAAAACUUAUUAAUGGCUACGAUUGAUAAAGUUAAAAUUAUUGUUGUUGGUGAUUCUGGCGUUGGAAAGACAUCAUUGACAAACUUAAUAUGUCAGCAACAGACUAUUAGCAAUCCUUCUUGGACCAUAGGAUGUUCUGUGGAAGUUAAAUUACACGAAUACAAAGAAGGAACACCUAAUCAGAGAAGAUAUUUUAUCGAAUUAUGGGACAUCGGUGGAAGUCAAAAUCAUAAAAAUACAAGAUCCGUCUUUUAUAAUCCCACUAAUGGCAUAAUACUGGUCCAUGAUUUAACAAAUAGAAAAUCACAACAGAAUCUUCAAAAAUGGCUUGAAGAAGUAUUAAGUAAAGAUAAUAAUUACUUGAAAUCAAAGCCAUUCGAUGAUUUUGAUCCUGAAAAAUUUGUAGGAUCUACACAGAUACCAAUUUUAGUUGUUGGUACUAAGCUAGACUUAAUUGCAGAAGUGAGAUCAAAUGUCUAUAGACGUUCCUCAACUAUUGCAGAGGAAUGUGGUGCUGAUGAAAUAUUUUUAGACUGCAGACAAGUGAGGUCAUUAGCUGCUGGGUCUAGCUCGUCUGUUAAAUUGAGCAGAUUUUUUGAUAAAGUUAUCGAAAGGCGUUACUACUCGUCGAGGGAAGCAAUUAGUCCUGAUAAACGAAGGCUACCAGUAUACACUUCGUAUAAUACUAAAGUUUAUCAUAAUGAUUGAAAGUCCCUUAAAUCUUUCAAAUCUACUGGAAGAAGCUAUGUUGUAAUUUGUACGAAAUAUGCAUUUAUAAUAAAUAUAGAAUUAAUAAUGUUA